AUGUCUACUCGUAGAACAUUCUCUUUGUCUCCGCGCCGCAGCAGCUAUCCGUCGUACAUGCAGCCGACGCAGGCUUCCGAGGCGCGCGCCCAAAGCGUCGUAUCGCUGAAGCGCUCAAGCUCAACUCCAGCGUCAAUUGAAGUGACGCCCGGCUCCAUCGUAUUAGCGCAAGCAUCUACGGUCGCGAUUGCCGUUGCCGAAGGUCCGCAGGUUCAGCAGGAGGUUGUAGUCGAGACGCUCCAGUCGUCGAAAUUGUCCAAUAAUUACAAUAGCAAGGACACUUCCCACGAGUCUACCGCUCAAGUGACUGAGAAGUCCACCGUCCAACUUACUGAAGAUGUCGUCCCUAUUGCACCUAUUGGCCCAAUGGCACGCUUCGGCUCCAAAUUAUCUGCCACACCAAUCGCUCCUACCAUCGAGGUACUUCCUUCGAGUUUGAGCAGCAGCAACUCAUCUAACAGUACGCAGGCUACGGACCCAACGCAGAUCCCCGUGCCUCGCGCCACCGGCCAGGCCGUGAAUACCAUGCCUAAGAGCGUCAAGGUGACGAAGGAGGUAUCCAAGAAGCGCAAGCGUCUUGAAGGCGUCGUGAAGAAGUCUUCCAAGAUCCCAAACACCAUCGAGCCUACGGUCGACGACGCGGACAAGAACGAUACAGACAAGGAGCUAGUUACAAAGAAGCGCAAAACCCGCUCACAGGCUCCCAGCCCCGAUGAGCUCCUGGAGCUGGACGCUGACGGCGACGACGAGGACGACGUAAUCGUUCCUCAGCGGAAGCGCAAGGCCACGACUGUCGCCAAAGCGCGCGCAAGCAAGGCUGUCGUCGAGAAGCCGGUGUCUUCUACAAAGUCUUUGGACCCCGAGAUUAACCGCAUGAUCAAGGCGGAGGAGAAGCGUAAGGCAGCAGCCGCGAGCGGAAACGUUUUCGCUCGCAACCCGAAGCUGCGUCGCUCUCUUGCUGAUGUGACGGCGGCCUCGGCCAGGAGCCGUCCCAUUUUGGGCCGCCCGACAAAGGUGGAGAUGGUAGCUGCCCCAAAGAGCGCUAAGAAGAUCGUCGCGGUCCCGCUCAUGAAAGCCAGCUCCUCCGCCAGAAUCAAGGAAGGCGCAGUCACUCAUGACGGCGAUGUCACCAUUGCCGACCUCCGAUCCAUCAAGUACCUCAAUGUCACGGCCAACAUCCGCAUGGUGCACAUCGAUCGCAUUGUCCAAUGCCCUUUGAACUACCCAAACAUUCACAUUGAGACCGACGAAAGCGAGCGUCCUGUCAAGGCUUACAUCACCAAGAUGACGGACAACGAGUUCAAGCUUGCGUUUGAGGCAGCGAUUGGCCGUGAUAAGGAGAAGCGCAAGCUUGACGCUAAGCUUGAGCGCCAGAACAAGGGCAAGGCCGCCGGUAGCAAGACAGCUCAGGCAUCUUCAGUGCGCAAGGUUGUAGCGGGCAAAGCCACCGCUAGCAAGGUCCCAAUUGCCACGAGUGCAACGAAGAAGGGAACAGCUACCAAAAUCACGCCUGGCAUAGGCACGGAGAAAUCCCCGCUGAGCAAGGUUUUGAGGGGUCGGAUCACUCGCCAGCCUCCCAAGUCUGGCCCUCGCUCAUCGUGAUUGGUCUGCUCUUCUUUGCAUGUGUACUUGUCUUCUAAUCUGUAUGGCCGCUUAUCCACGGAUAUUCUGU